CAUCUUUCUGGGUUUAUCAAUUCGUUUUCUUCUGUUUAUGGGCGACACGAAACCUGGGAUCGUCAUGGCUAAUAGAGAUCGUGAGCUUCUGAUUCCAGUUGCUCAUUCCGGUGAAGAUGAUCACGAUUCUACACCCAAACCUUCUUCUUCUUCAUCUUCAUCUUCUUCUCAUCAUUCUGGUCAAGAGACCUUUUACAAGUUGAUCAGAAGCUGGGCAUCAAAGAAGUUCAUGACUGGAUGUGUGAUCUUGCUUCCAAUGGCAAUUACUUUCUAUGUGACUUGGUGGUUUAUUCAUUUCGUGGAUGGAUUUUUCUCCCCGAUAUAUACUCAUCUCGGAAUUGAUAUAUUUGGACUUGGUUUUAUCACGUCCAUUACAUUUAUCUUCAUGGUUGGGGUGUUCAUGUCUUCAUGGUUGGGUACAUCGGUUCUAAAUUUGGGAGAGUGGUUUAUCAAGCGAAUGCCAUUUGUUCGUCACAUCUACAAUGCAUCCAAGCAAAUCAGCACUGCCAUAUCACCAGAUCAAAAUACUCAGGCUUUCAAAGAAGUCGCCAUUAUAAGGCAUCCACGUAUUGGUGAAUACGCAAUUGGGUUCAUCACAUCGACUGUUGUUCUCCAGACUUACGCAGAUGAAGAGGAGCUUUGCUGUGUAUAUGUGCCGACAAAUCACCUUUACAUUGGGGAUGUAUUCCUUGUUAGUACAAAAGAUGUGAUCAGACCAAAUCUUUCAGUAAGAGAAGGCAUAGAGAUUGUUGUGUCAGGAGGAAUGUCGAUGCCACAAGUUCUAUCAACGCUUGAUAUGAGAACGGCUCCAGAGAGAAGUAGAAGUAGAAGCUAAAAGAUUAGUCUUGCAGAAACAAAUGAUUCUCAAAUCUUUCCUUUUACAUGUCUUCUUCCUUUAAAUUCUGAUUCAGUUAAUUUCAGAUUUGAUGUUGAAUCAUUAGACAACAAUGGUGUUUUAGAAAUGCGUUCAAUUUGUGUUAACACUGUUGGUGUCUGUCUAUAUCCUAGACUCUCCUAUUACCUAGUAAGCUGUAUAAUACAUAUUAUUAGUAGACAUUUAAAAUUCAAUAUCUCUUCCUUUAAUCAAGAGUUUAUUUAUUG